AUGAAGUUAACGGUUUCUUUAUGUCUCUUGUUUCUGCCUUUUUGCUGGAGCGCUGAUGGUGAACCAUCUCAAUGUCCAAAUGAAUGUGAAAUUGAUAAAGACCAGGGGUACUGUUGCGAAAAUGAUCCAUCGGACAAAUGCCCAAAAGUAAAAAGAUAUUAUUACGAUUCGAAUAAAAAAAGGUGUAAGAAGUUUGGAUUUGAAGGCUGUGGUGGAAAUGAAAAUAGUUUUGAAUCCAGGAAAGAAUGUAAUGAACAUUGCAAAAAAAAUUGCAGACCAGGUAAAGCGAAUAAAAUUAAAUCCGACAAAAACGGAGAUAGAGAAACAAAAAAAGGUGAGAGAAAAGCAAAACAAGAAGCCAAAAAGAUGGAAAGAGAGGAAAAGAACGCAGGUAAAGUAAAUAAAAAAUCAUCGGACAAAAAGGAGGAAAGAGAAAGAAAAAAGGCAGAGAGAAAAGCCAGAAAAGAAGCCAAAAAAAGAGAAAGAGAGGAAAAGAAAGCAUCUAGAAAAGCGGAAAGAGAAGAAAAGAAAGCAGCUAGAAAAGCAGAAAGAGAAGCCAAGAAGAAUGAUUAA